AUGCUAUCCGUAUCAGUUGAUAAAUCAAACGGUGGUCCUUACCUAGUCUCGGAUGUCGCCAAACCGAGUAAACCAACCACCAUCAACCGUGAAUCAUCGACUACUAUUUUCGAACUCAAGGUCCAGAUCCCGUCUGAGCUAGCUUCCUCUUGGCAGACGAUACAUGAUUGCGGUGAACGGCUGAGAGCUAUUCUAUCGGAUGAUUACUUUGAAGUGCACUCGCAUCUCGCAACAAUCUUGGUAUAUGCGCCACAUAUACUAUUACGACCACCUCCUGAUUCGCCUCAACCGGAAUCUCUAUCAACACCGUCGUUGAUCACAAUCCAAACUGCAGGAAACCGUGUGUCGCUAAUAGUCGAACGAACGUUAUCGGUGCUGAAUGAAAGAUUGACCAUUGGACUCAAUGAUGAAGAUGCUGUAAAUUAUGGACGGCUGGAACGUAAACUCAUUGAUGCAACGGCUAGCAUCGAAAGGGUCGUGAACAGGUGUAAAGAAUACGAACUAUGGAGUGGCAAUUGGGAAGAUGCAAAGGGUACAUAUGCGUAUUUGAUGUCAAAUAUAAAGGGAUUUGCUACCUCUUUACGUGAUUAUGUGCAGUUGAUUACGGAGCUGGCUUCACAUCAUCCAGACACUUUCCCGAUGGCUGAAAGCCAUGAAGCCUUGAAGCCGUUGUUGCGAAGACGAACCAUUGGAGAUAGAAUCCUCAAAUCGAUUGCUGCACUUCGAAUGCACGGUCUAGUGCAAGUAGAAUCUGAGAACACUCCAGUCGCGACCGUGACUUCGGAAGCUCGAACAUCCAGGUCAACAAUCUUUCGAAUGAGCCAGACACCAGAGAGUCUGCAAAGAAGGACACCGUUUGAUAUGCCUGCUCGUAACAGAGUUUCGUUUGCAUCUGAAGCUCAAUCGUUGGAUGGAUCCACUGCUCAGAAACCCUUACCACCUAUUCCAGAAGGUGUUACGGAAGCCGGAACUUCAUCACCAACCGCUGCAGCUGUAUUGAAACCACCGGUGCCCGUUCAAGUCCAUCUCGUUCCUUCAACCGCGAGUCUCGGAGUUCGUGUUGCUACAUCCAUUGCUGAAGCAUUGGCAGCAUCGGCUAUAUUGCCAGGUAUAUUGCCAGGACCUCAUGAGAAUGAAGGCAUUACAGUUGAGCACGAAAUCCAUAAUUCCCUAAAACGAAAUAUGUCUGUAUCAUCGGCCGCACAGUCUGUUGAAAUGGCUGUUCAAGAACGGCAAAAGCAUGGCAACCUUCUCCAUAUUUCGGAGGGUGGAGUUGAGGUGCUGAUCUUAGAAGAUUUAGGAUCUAGGCUUCAGAUCGUGGCUGGGACAGUCGACCGACUUAUUUCGCGACUGGCGGACGAACAUGCUACUGACGACGAGUACUUGGACAUUAUGAUUCAGACCCACAUGUUCUUCGUUUCGGCACGAGACAUGUUUGAUCAGAUGGUUGCAAGAUUUCAUUGUCAACCUCCUUCAGAUGGGACGACGGAUACUGAGUAUUUUGUCAAGUGGCAGAAAGUCAUCCAGUUAAAGGUGUUGAAUGUAGUAGGAAGAUGGUGUCGCUUGCAAUUUUCCCCUGAUUUCUCUAAUGACUCAGCAUUAAGAACUGCUUUGAAUGGAUUCUUGGCUGACGCUCAUCUGAAAGGAUACAAAUCAGAGGCUGAUCGAAUCAGGCGUAUAGUCACAUUACAGGGCACCGAUAAAGUGAAAUCAGGAUCUUCCCGUACUUCGACAGCGUCGAGUAGUAUGACUUCAUCACCUUUUUCGACAGCUCGGCCAUUGUCGAAUCUAUCCCAGCUCUCACGUAGUAGUAAUCAAAGUCAACAGUCGUUGCCGAAUGGUCCUGCCACAUACUGCAGAGGCUUCGAUUCUCCGGUAUUGGAGCUUGAUCCUGCCAGUGUUGCUAAAUAUCUGACGACCACUGAACGUCGAGCACUAGCAAAUGUGACUGUUAGUGAUGUAUUAGCUAAAGUUGCUGGUGGCAUAAAAUUGGCUAAUCCUUGGACUGGUGAAGUAGAUAUUAGAGAGCUCAUUGUAAACAGUACGGGUGCCAAGGUGGAAAAGAUUGAUAAGAUUGCUGAAAGAGCAAACCGGAUUCAUAAUUGGGUUAUCUUAGAGAUCGCUUCUGCCAACUCGGUCAAAGCGAGAGAAAAAUUGCUGCAGAAGUUCCUGAACGUUGCUAAGCAAUGUUACGCAUUACAAAACUUUCAUACUAUGCUUGUUAUUGCAGCUGCUCUUUUAUCUCCAACAGUAUCGAGGGUAUCGAAAUCUCUGCCACCACUACCGCCAUCUCACUUCUCUACACUACUGAUGUUGGAGAAGUUGCUAGACCCUUCGUCGAACAUGAAGGCUUACCGGAUUGCAUUAUCUUCAAUACAUCAAGGACAAGCUGUACCACUGUUUCCAAUAGUGCUAAAGGACGCGACAUUCGUAAUUGAGGGAUCACCACCAUUUGCUCCUCUUGCGAAUGAAACAGCUGAUAAAGAGCAGCAACCACCAUUGGUCAACUUUGAUAUGUAUAGGACACUGGUCACAAUCGUUACUGCUUACUUGGAUAUAGUUAAGGAACCGUAUAGCUUUGAAUCGGAUAGGAAGCCGCAUAUUGAACGAUUGAUUGAGGAUCGACUUGCUGCAGCCGAUGAUGAGGCUGGAUGGGACGACACUGGAGUGCUGUCCACCGUAUGGAAUAUGAUUAAUUCUGAUUCGUAG